GCAAUAUCCAUUUCAAAUUUUUGCGGUGUCGCUUCAAAACGUAAAAAGUUGAAACUCACACAGUAGCACUUAAGCUCAUGCGCAAGUACUAUCUGAUCCCUUCAAUUCAAUUAAUCUCUUUUUCUAAAUAAUUCAGAAUAAUUUAAAUGCUACUGUCAGUCAGCAGUCACUCAAUCUCAGUCUUUCCUGCAUGCAGCCCUCCGAUUACGAGAUUAUUGAUUUAUUUUUUGCUAAUAUUGAAGGCAAUUAUACCUUUCGCUUUGGGUUUUCUUAAUAAUUCAUUCUGAAAAAAAAUUGAUGUCAAUUGUUGCUUCCGAUCGGUCGUCUGCAUGCCUGCACAAUUUCUUAUAUUUUUAUAUAUAUAAUUUCUUGAGUGUAUGCGUGCUUUAUUUUCAUGCAUUCUGCAGAAGUUUCUGGUAUUGAAUCAUUUCCUUAAUUGGGGUUUUUGUUAACAUCUUAUGCUAAUUUUGUUAAUUAGCAGUUCGAAACUAAUUUUGUUUGAUUUUUUUUGGGUUCAUAUGUGCAACUUUUGCUGCAUGACGUACAGAGAUCGGAUUAAUCAGAACAUUUGAUGGUUUUUCCCUGGUUAUAAUUGAUUCAUCAGCUUCCCCUUUAUUUCCCUCCUCAAUGUAUUCCUUUUUCUAUUUUCAGUUAUUGCAUUUUCAUAGCUAGCUUAAACAGUCAUGUCUAUUUUUUAAGCAAACCUUGUUGCAGAAAUCAUAGCAUGAUUAGACAUAUCAAGUUGCCCUGCAUCAUUUACUUAUACAAUUGAGAAUUUCCCCUAAUUGUUAUCGCUCUGUAUUGUGAAGUUUGAUGUAGAAAAUGAUAAUAAAGAGUAUCUUUAGGAGAUAUGAGAGGUGGAAUCCCGUGCAUCCAACAUCAGGAGCCUUUUGGGGUGUCGGAGUAGGCAUUGGUUGUGGCAUAGGAUGGGGUCCCGGCUUUGGCCCUGAGGUAGUUGGUUAUGUUGGAGCUGGCUGCGGUUCUGGCUUUAGUGUUGGGAUCACUUUUCUUGGCUUCGGCAUUGGCCUUCCGGCUAACUACAUUUUACAACUCCCCGCUAGUGGUUACAACGAGGGGUGCGUGGGAUGUUGCUCAGGCUGGAGUUGUACUUGGGAAGAAGGGUCUUGAAGGUGAUGGUUGGGGCAGGAUUAGUUCUAACAUCUCUGAAGCACUACAGAACCCGUAUCAGUAUGUGCCUUUUUUCUCCUUCAAGGCUGAAAAUUGGAAGGGGAACAUUGUAGAUUUUGAGGGCAUGAAAACUUCUGUGGCUUCAAAUGCUAAGCAGAUCACAGAUUGCUUUCAAAGAGUCGGGGGGCGCUUCAGUCCUUGGGAUGGAGCUGGUUCGAAGAAUUUAUAACACCGAUCAACAACCAUCAAAACGUCCCUUGAGAUUGGACAGCGACAAAUACUUGUAACUAUGAGAGAGAAGCUCUUCUUCAAAUUUUGUUGCAUAAAUUGGGACUUUGCCUUUCUAAUAAUUGUACAAUUUUUGAGACUUAUCACUAAUAUUAUCUCGUCACUGAAAAUUA